AGCUCUUGCCCAGCUAUGAUGGCAUCUGCUUGGGCUCUCCAGGCCCACGAGGACCAGGAUGACCUUUUGGAAGUAAAGACUGAGGAGGAGGAGAAGGACACCCCUAGACAGCAUCAGAUCCUGCGGAAGAACAACACCCACAGCAGGGAGGUCUUCCGACAGUCCUUCCGGCAGUUCUGCUACCAGGAGACCCCGGGGCCGCGCGAGGCGCUGAGCCGGCUGCGGGAGCUCUGCCGCCAGUGGCUGCGGCCCGAGACGCACAGCAAGGAGCAGAUCGUGGAGCUGCUGGUGCUGGAGCAGUUCCUGACCAUCCUGCCCGAGGAGCUGCAGGCCUGGGUGCGGGAGCAGCAGCCGGAGAGCGGGGAGCAGGCGGUGGCCGCGCUGGAGGACCUGGAGAGGGAGCUGGACGAGCCAGGAGAACAGGUCUCAGUCCACACCGAGGAACAAGGCCAGCCCUUGGAGGAGACGGCCCCUCUGGGAACAGAACAGGAGCCCGGUGUGUCCCUCCCACCCCUGAUGGCACAGCCCAAGUGUGAGUCUCCAGAACCUGAAGCCCCGCUGGAGGAGCCAGUUUCAGGUGUUGAGACUGGGAACGAGUACGGGAAUUUAAAGCAAGAAAUUUCUGAAGAAAUGGAACCACAUGAGAACAUGUCUGCAUUUAAACGUGAAGUGUUCUGGCCUGCUCAGUGCAGAGAAGCUGACGAUCCUGAGGCAAAACCAGAAGAGUCUUCUGGACACUCCAGGGAAGGUGAACAACCUACAGGUGAAGAAAACCGAGUCCUUCUGGAUGAACAGCAGAGGUUCUGUCCGGGAGGAAAACCUCAUGAGUGCGAGGAGUGUGGGAAAGCCUUCAGUCAGCACUCGCGCCUUGUAGAACAUCAGAGGGUCCAUACUGGAGACAGGCCUUACAAGUGCGAGGAAUGUGGAAAAACAUUCCGUGGGAGAACUGUGCUUAUCCGGCACAAAAUAAUCCACACUGGAGAGAAACCGUAUAAGUGUAAUGAGUGUGACAAAGCCUUUGGCCGGUGGUCAGCUCUUAACCAGCAUCAGAGACUUCACACAGGAGAGAAGCACUACCACUGUAAUGAGUGCGGCAAAGCCUUCAGCCAGAAAGCAGGCCUCUUUCACCAUCUCAAGAUCCACACGAGAGACAAACCGUACCAUUGUACUCAGUGUAAUAAGAGUUUCAGUCGGCGUUCGAUACUUACUCAGCAUCAAGGAGUUCACACUGGGGCGAAGCCCUAUGAGUGCAGUGAGUGUGGAAAAGCCUUUGUGUAUAACUCAUCCCUGGUUUCCCACCAGGAGAUCCACCACAAAGAAAAGUGCCAUCAGUGUAAGGAAUGUGGGAAAUCCUUCAGCCAGAGUGGCCUUGUUCAGCACCAGAGGAUCCACACUGGGGAAAAACCUUACAAGUGUGAUGUAUGUGGAAAAGCCUUUAUUCAGAGGACGAGUCUUGUAGAACAUCAGCGAAUUCACACUGGGGAGAGACCUUAUAAAUGUGAUGAGUGUGGGAAGGCUUUCACGCAAAGAUCCGUCCUCACGGAACAUCAGAGAAUCCACACUGGAGAGAGGCCCUACAAGUGCGACGAGUGUGGGAACGCCUUCCGAGGAAUCACCAGCCUCAUCCAGCACCAGAGAAUCCACACUGGGGAGAAACCCUACCAAUGUGAUGAAUGUGGCAAAGCCUUCAGACAGAGGAAGAAGACUAGCUACAAGGAAAUCCUUCUGAAAAACCGGUGCGGACCUCAGGCUGGUGUGAAUCUUCUCCUGAGUGCGCUCAUUCCAGAAUGGCGGUCCUCCUGCGGGAAGGUCCCUGAUGGUGACUGAUGGCAGAGGGAGAGGGCCGUGCCUGGGACCACUCUGGCAAAGAAGUCGCAGAUAGUCCUUCAGACUUUAAGUUGCUGCUAUCAGGAGGUAGUUACCUGGGCCUCCCAGGGCUGUCAGAGAGCUUCGCCCGCAGUUGCUGAGACCACCAAGUAGACCAAGGAGCAGGCGCUGAAGCCAGUCCUCACACCUCGCUGGGAAGCUGCAGAUUCAGGCAGGGAUAGUACCCAGAAUGUGGAGAAGAGGUAUCACUUAAGCUAGAAAAGUUGGAGACAGCUUGGAGGAAAACCGUCAGGUGGGAAGGAUUGGCAUAAUCACGUAUAUUACGGGUUGAGUAGUGAAAGUCUUCUGGAAUAGCAGAGAAAGCAGUAAAACCAAACUUGGGAUCCACCACAUGUCUUUGCAGCCCAAACCCAGCACCUCCCUCAUGAGCUUUAAUUCCCCUUGGUGUUCGUGUGCGCCUCUGGGAAGUUCUGUAUUGGGUUGUUGUUUGGGCGACUUCAAAUCCAGUUUUCCAAGACCGGCUUCAUCCCGUUGCCUUUAGGGCCCAGGCUAUAGAACAGCACAAGAAGUGCUUAUAGCACAGAUAGUGUGAUGGAAUCCAGGGUUUUAAGUGCAGCCUGUUAAGCCGCUGUCAUAGUUUGAGCAUUAUCGCCUUUUGGAAUGGAAAGCUGAUGAGAAAAGGUAUCUGUGAGACCCUUGAAAGGAAGCGCUUUAGAACUCUCAGUGACCUCCUUUCCCUUGAAGACUUGGCUCUACCCUUCGCCUUCUCAUUAUUUGCCUGAUUCUUGAGGUAGAAGCUCUCAGCCGUAUCUGUGAGGAGUUUUGUUUGGUUUACUUUGACCUGUUCAACUCCUUUAACUUCAAAGUGCAGCUUUCUUCCUAUAUUUUAGUCCUGACAUUACUGAAAAAGUUAUUUUCUCCACUUUAGUUUUUCCAUUUCAAAACGGUGUGUAUUUUGCAACUGUUCUAGCUGUUGCUUGAAGUUAACUGUUAUCGUAGACCACUGUUCAUUGAUUGACUCAAUAAAUGUUUACUUGUGGAGCA